AUGGUGUGGACAAAAGAAUAUCUAGAUGUGGUGCUGGUUCCAUCAGGCCUUCUCUUCCUGGGAAUAUAUCAUCUCUAUCUCAUAUAUAGAAUUAUCAUCUACCCAGAUUUAACUGUCAUAGGAUAUGAAAAUGGCAUCAGAAAGAUUUGGGUACACAAGAUGAUGCAGGAGAUCCCCAGAAAUACAAAAGAUGCACUUCAAGUAAUCUCAAGCAACAUAUCAGCUUCUACAUUCAUGGCAGGCCUGUCCAUAACACUGAGUUCAUUGAUAGGCACCAUUGUGGGCAGCAGCACAACAAGCAGUCAAUCCAAGUUACUGGCCAAUCACAUAAUCUAUGGAGAUAGAAGCAGUUCAACUAGCUCUGUCAAAUAUGCAACCCUACUGAUCUGUUUUCUGAUAGCCUUCAUAUCUCAAGUACAGUGUAUUCGUUAUUAUGUUCAAGUGAACUUUCUGAUCAGCACUCCAGGUUCCAGUGUGCCUGCACAUUAUGUAGAGCAUGCUGUAAUCAGAGGGAGUAAUUUCUGGUCACUGGGAGUGAGGGCAUAUUAUUUUGCAUUUCCUCUGCUGUUAUGGGUAUUUGGUCCCAUACCCAUGUUUAGUUGCUGCUUGGGAAUGGUGUGUUUUUUGUAUUUUAUUGAUACCAAGGAUAAUCCCAUCUCACCAUUUGGGAGUAAGGAGGAGCAGAAAAGAGUGAUACAGAAAAGUGUGUUACAGAAUGAGCCCAAGCAUACAAUCAAGGAAGGUCCGGUGAUCGAAUCACACCCCAAACUUGGCAGUCAGAUGAGGAGAGAAAUAGAAUCGCCACAACAGGUGUAA